AUAUUUCGUAUGUAUCACGUCUGAUCCGCGACCGGCUGACCCAUAUUUUUCAUCUCCCUCGUUUAUCAAAUGCAACUUGAGUUUAUCACUUAUCCGUUUCCUUCUAGAGGUAGAUAUAUAAAAGGGCUGUAUUCUGAUUUGCGUUUUUUACAAGUGUUACUGAGUCCGUGUGGCUUCGACGAUGCAAAUGUAAAACUUAUUUUGACACGAAGUUACCAUCGCGCUGGUACCAUGGUGCCGUUGCAGAUACUUGGACGUUUAUUCGUACUGAUUAUCGCUGCGAGCAGUAUAAGACAAGGAUAUGGAUAUUCAGAGGAGAACGCGCAAAACAUAAAUGAGAAGGAGGACAUACUGAACGAUGCACCAGAUUCAAUGAUCAGAGAUUUCUACAAUGUUAAAAGCAGCAAAGGAGGAAAACGCGUAUUUGCAGGGGGUUGUACUCAUGUACCGAAUACGCCUGUAAACGGCAAGAUAAAAUGUUCUUCGAACAGUGGCUGUACCGCAAGCUGUGCACCCGAUUACAAAUUUCCGAACGGCGCGUUUCAUCUGACGAUUACCUGCGUCGACAAGGAAUGGCACAUUGGAGGAACCGAGUGGAGCUUGGUACCACAUUGUGAACCGAUCUGCUUGCCGGAGUGUCAAAAUAAUGGAAUAUGCGUUGCGCCUCAUCAAUGCGACUGUUCCACACACUUUACUGGUCCGCAAUGCCAAUUCGAAGAUAGACCGUGCCUGAAUUAUUCACCGCCUGUACUUAAUUCUUAUAAAAGAUGUAAUUCGAAAACGUGUACCAUAUCUUGCUUGGAUCAUUUUACUUUUCCCGACGGUUCAUCCGUCGCUAAUCUAAUUUGCAAGAAUGGAAGUUGGAUGCCAACUAGAAGCGACUGGGUCUCAAUUCCGGAUUGCGAACCCGUGUGCGAUCCUCCUUGUCAAAACGGUGGCAAUUGUCUGCCGAUGAAUGUGUGCCAGUGUCCACAGGAUUAUCGGGGGCCUCAGUGUCAAUACUCUGCUGACGUUUGCGACGCCGAGAAAUUGCACUUCAAUGGUGGCUAUCACUGCAGAGAUUCCGGUGACACGUAUUCCUGUACGCUGUACUGUCCACCAGGGGUGAAUUUCGAAUUUCCAGCUUCUUCGGUUUACACUUGCACCUAUGACAAAGGGAUCUUCGAACCGCAGCCUGUGCCGCAAUGCAAAAUCGAGAAUAACAUGAGAAUCAUUUCACAUGGUACAUUCCACAACACCUAUGUACAGGAAUCGAAUCACUCCUGGUCGAUGGAGAAUGCUUAUAACACCAAAACGAAGCAGUCUCAGAUUUAUGGAGAACACAACAGGAUUUACGGCAGCAGUACGUCGUAUCCGAUUCGAUUUAAUACCCGUGACGAUCGCACAAUGGUAUUCGAAAUGAGUCGACCGAGGCCGAAGACAUGCUUCACUUGGGGAGGCGCGCACUACAAGACCUUCGACGACAGAAUUUACAGCUUCGACAGCGACUGCUCGCACACGCUUCUGCGCGAUACGCAAGAAGGCGUUUGCACAAUUGUGGCACUGAAUAGCCCGGGCUGCGGAACCGGAUCGGAUCGUCGUUGCUUCAGGAUCAUUGAAUUGUUUGUGCACGACAAGAAAUACGUGCUCACCAGCGACGACGCAGGUGUGCCGAUACUUUCCAACGACAAACGAUCGUUGCCGAUACCGAUAUACUUGCCUGGACUGCGCGUGGACAAGUCCGCGCAUUUCAUCCUCGUCUCCCUCGACUCGCUGGGCGUGAAGCUCAAGUGGGAUGGUGCCCUGCUGCUGCAGAUCGAGGCUUCCGAAAGUGUGUGGAACAAAACGGCUGGUCUUUGCGGUACUAUGAACGACGAUCCGAACGACGAGUUCUUAAUGAAGAGCGGAAGUCACGCUGGAACUGUAGCGGCGUUUGCAAGUUCUUGGCGCGUCGAAAGUUUCGAAGAAACGUGUGAUUAUCCGAGUAUACAAAACGCGUGCGAGUCGAGAGACAAGGUUGCUCGUGACGCCUAUCAGUUUUGCCACAAGUUGUUCUCCGAUCAUAAAUUCAAGGCUUGCGCCGACACGAUCAAUCUCUCUGAACUGACCAGUGCAUGUUUGUGGGAUUACUGCGCGUGCAAGCAUGAAGACAGGACAAAAUGUGCCUGCGACACCAUGGACGUUUAUAUCCGCCAGUGCGCUCACAAAGGAGUCGCGCGAUUAACCGCGUGGAGAAACGAAGAUACUUGUCCGAUUAGCUGCGACGGUGGACGGGUGUAUAUGUCGUGCGGUCCAAAGGUGGAAGCGUCUUGUUCCUCCAGCAUCGAAGCGACGGGCGAGAGUUCCGAGUGCGAAGAAGGCUGUUUCUGUCCGGCGGGCACCUUGGAACACCAAGGCAAGUGCGUCUCUCCGGAGCAGUGUCCGUGCAGGUUGAGGGGCAAAUUGUUCCAGCCAGGCACGAGCGUGCCGAAGGGUUGCAACACGUGCACGUGCACCUCCGGCAAGUGGGUGUGCACGCAGAUACGAUGCGGUGCCAGAUGCGCCGUCUUGGGCGACCCGCAUUACACCACGUUUGAUGGCAAGCACUACGAUUUCAUGGGAAAGUGCGAAUACUAUUUGAUGAAAGGAGAAAAUUAUGCGAUCGAAAGCGAAAACGUCCCCUGUUCCGGAGCGAUAUCCGAGAGCAUGGGCUUUGCCUCUGCAGGCUCCCCGUCAUGCGUCAAGACCGUUACAAUCACUUUCAUGGAUACCUCUAUAAAAUUAAAGCAAAAUCGCCAGAUUAUGAUAAAUGGUGACGAGGUGACGAAAUUCCCGAUGCUGUUCGACGGUGCUCGAAUACGAAUUGCGAGCAGCAUAUUCAUGGUGAUUCACCUGCCAAAUGCUUUGGAAGUGUGGUGGGAUGGUGUAUCGCGUGUUUACAUUAACGCUCCUGCUGAAUUUCACGGUCGAACGAAAGGACUUUGCGGAACGUUUACCGAAAAUCAGAAAGAUGAUUUUAUAACGCCUGACGGUGAUAUCGAACCCGCGGCGGUCGCCUUCGCCAAUAAAUGGAAGACGAGUGAACACUGCGUUGACGAGCCCGAGAGCGAGCCGACGAAUCCCUGCGAGCUGAAUCCUCAAAGGCGAGCGACCGCGGAAGAGCACUGUUCCAAGAUACACAGCGAUAUUUUCUCGGAUUGCCAUUGGUAUGUCGAGCCGACGGAAUUUUACCGCGACUGCAUGUACGACAUGUGCGCGUGCGACGCUGAUAUAAAGUCGUGCCUCUGCCCCAUGUUAGCGGCGUACGCGAAAGAUUGCGCGGUUCUAGGCGUGAAACUUUCGUGGCGCACCGAGAUCGACGAAUGUAGAAUACAUUGUGGGGGCGGACAGACCUAUCAAAUCUGCGGAAACAGUUGCACAAGAUCGUGCGCGGACAUCUCCUUCUAUCGGGACUGCAGGCAGGAGUGCGUGGAGGGUUGCAAUUGUCCAGAAGGCCAGACGCUAGACGUGAACGGCGAGUGCAUCCCGAUCGCUCAGUGUCCCUGCGUACACGCAGGUCGCGAAUACAAGCCCAAUCACCGAGAAGUCCGUCCGGGUAACAAAGGACAGGAGCUUUGCUCUUGCGUAGGCGGCGCAUGGGAGUGCCGGUUAGCAACGCCAGACGAGAUUCGGGAAUAUCCACCGGUCACGGAACUGCUCUCCGUUUGCCAGGCCAGCAAGCAUCUGGAAGUGACGGAUUGCGAGCCAGCGGAGCAGAGAACUUGCAGCAACAUGCACAUCCGGAGCGAACAGACGCCGUCAGUGUGCACGUCUGGUUGCGUUUGCAAAUUCGGAUACGUCUUGGACGCGCCGAAUGGUGCUUGCAUCAAGGAAGAGGACUGCCCCUGUCAUCACGGCGGGAAGAGCUACAAGCAAGGCUCAGUUAUACAAGCCGAGUGUAAUACUUGCACGUGCGAGGGCACCAAGUGGAAGUGCACGGACAGAAUUUGCGCAGGAGUAUGUUCUGUAUGGGGCGAUUCGCAUUAUAAAACAUUCGACGGUAAAACAUACGAUUUCCAAGGUGUAUGCGACUAUGUCCUGGUGAAGAGUGCGUUGAACAAGGAAGAUUGUUUCGAUGUCUCGAUUCAGAACGUACCCUGCGGUACAAAUGGAGUUGCGUGUUCGAAAUCCAUCAAGCUCACGAUCGGCAGCGGUGAGCAACAGGAAGAGCUCGUUUUGACAAAAGGGAAGGAGCUACCUAAGGGACCUUUUAAGAGACUGUCGAUAAGAACCGCUGGUCUCUUCGUAUUUGUCGACGCGCCAGAUUUAGGAUUGGUGCUACAAUGGGACAAAGGUACCAGAGUCUACGUAAGAUUAAACCCGGAGUGGAAGGGUCGCACGAUGGGUUUAUGUGGCGACUACAACAAUAACGCCGAGGACGAUUUCAAGACACCAUCCGGCGGGAUAGCCGAGGCUUCCGUCAAUCUGUUCGGGGAUUCGUGGAAGAAGGACACGUUCUGUCUUGAGCCAAAGGACAUGCAGGAUGACGUCUGCGAGCAACAUUUGGAGCGUAAGCUGUGGUCGCUACGGCAGUGCAACGUGUUGAAGUCACCGUUGUUCUCGCCCUGCCACUCGGAGGUGGAGGUCGAGCCGUACCUACGCAACUGCAUCUUCGAUACGUGCAGCUGCGACGCCGGUGGCGACUGCGAGUGCCUGUGCACGGCGUUAGCCGCGUACGCGCAUGAAUGCAACGUGCGAGGUGUCCCCGUGAAAUGGCGAACGCAAGAACUCUGCCCGCUGCAGUGUGACGAAAAAUGCAGCACGUAUUCGCCCUGCGUCUCGACCUGUCCACGCGAGACGUGCGACAAUUCCAUGAUCGUGAGAGACGGCUCGCAUCUGUGCGCGGAGGAUACGUGCGUGGAGGGCUGCCAGUUCCAGCGUUGUCCCGAGGGUCAAGUGUAUCGAAACGCCAGUUACACGGAAUGUAUACUCAAAUCGACGUGCGCGAAACCUUUCUGUACCGAGCUCGACGGAGCGACGUACUACGAGGGUGACAGAAUCAGCGGCGACGAUUGCCACAGCUGUUUCUGCAGUCGCGGUAAGGUGAUCUGCAAGGGAGAAGCUUGCACCAGCAUCGCUACUACCGCUGGUACUACCGCUGUGCCCUUGGAAGAGCCCCAGAAAUGUAUAGACGGCUGGACCACGUGGAUCAAUCAGGAUCGAGCGGUGAAAGGGAAAAAAAAGUUUGUAGACAUGGAACCGUUGCCCACGUCGAUGGAUCUUGCUAAUGCAAACGGACUCGCAAUUUGCGACAAGAAGCACAUAAUUGACAUAAAAUGCAGAUCCGUCAAGGGACACUUGAGCCCGAAGGAGACCGGCCUGGACGUGGAGUGCAGCUUGCAGCUUGGCUUGUAUUGCCAACCGCACCCGGAUCUUCCUUGCGUGGACUUCGAGAUUAGCGUGUUAUGCCGUUGCUCCGAACCAAUUACACACAACGUCGAGAAUGCGACGACAGAAGUCAGCACGGAGACUGGGAAGAAACAAGAUCAGGAAUGCGAUCCCGCGCAGCCCAAUUCACCACAUCUGACGAACUGCCAGCUAUUUUAUCAGUGCGUCCCUACACCAACGGGGCACGAACUGAUGGAAAGGUUGUGCGGUCCUGGCACUCUUUACAAUCCGGAAACCUACGUGUGCGAUUGGCCGGCGGAAGUUCAACGCUUACGACCAGAGUGUUCGGUCGCAUCCGGACGAACUACGCCGCAAGGCAGUGGCAGAAUGGAGUGGAGCAGCAAUACUGGCAGCCACUACAAGAACACGCUGUCGACCACAGUGCAAAAAAUAGUAUCGACCACGAACGUGUGCAAAGAGGGCGAGACAUGGAGCGAAUGCGCGAUCCAGUGCGACAGGACGUGCCAGUACUAUCGUCAUAUCCUGACGACGCAGGGUCUUUGCGACGAAGGUGUCGAUUGUGUUCCCGGAUGCGUCUCGAUCGACCGACCGACGUGUCCCACGCACAAGUUCUGGAGAGACGGUGCCACCUGCGUGGAGGCAAACCACUGCUCUUGCAGGUCCCACGAUGGAGGGUCAGUCGCACCCGGUGCCAUCAGGAAAGAGUCCGAUUGCGAGACCUGCCAGUGCAUCAAUAAUUAUUACACAUGCGAUACAACUUUCUGCCAUGAAAUCUUAGGUCACGAGGUGACGGUAGGAACGGGAAAGGGACCGGAAACAACCGUGCAACCACCGCUCAGCACGACCUCGGGAAGCACUUGGAGAACAUCACCAGUCACCUGGCCGUCCGUCAAUGAAACGAUCCUUUUGCACAGCACAGUCACACCGCCCGGGGAAUGCGACGACGCCAACUACGUACCGCUGAUACAAAAUCUGCGGAAAGAAGUGACCGUCCGCGCUAGCGGUAAUAGGAAUUCCGUUUUACGAUCCGAGGAUCUACUGUUGCACACGGAAGAAACAAUGCUGCUGCCCAAGAAAUUCUGGGAACCUGAGAUGAUGAGCGCAGAUCAGUGGCUUGACGUCGAGUUCAAUAAACCUGAACCGAUUUACGGGGUGAUUCUGCAGGGUGGCGUUUUUGAAGACAAAUUUGUAACCAGUUACAAAAUGCUCUUCUCGGAGGACGGCCAGACCUUCUCAUACGUGCUCGACCGUGAGAAACAGCCACGCGUGUUCAGGGGGCCCAUCGACAAAUUUCAGACCGUGAAGCAAAUAUUCUAUCGACCGAUCGAGGCGAAGAUCCUUCGUAUCAAUCCGCUGACGUGGCACAAUGGGAUCGCGAUUAAGAUGGAAGUGCUGGGUUGUCAGGACGCAAUAUCAAAGACGACGAUGAAGACAACGACCGAAAAAGUUGUGAGGCCGGUGUGCGAGGAUUCGAUGGGAUUGGACAAUGGGCUGAUGUCCAUGCAACAAGUUUCCGUGUCGAGCUCGCCGCAGCUAGCUCAGUAUCUUCGGUUAUCCGCGGAAAGUGCAUGGCGUGCCGCUCUGGACAAUCCUCAUCAAUACGUUCAGUUUAACUUCCUAGAGGCUCGAAAUCUGACGGGAGUCACAACCAAGGGCGGCGACGGUGCUUGGACGACCGCUUACAAGGUAUUCUACAGCAACGACGGACGUUAUUGGAGCCCGGUCGUCGACGAGAACGGCGACGAGAAGGUAUUUCUCGGCAAUUUCGACGCGGAAAGCCAACGAACGAAUUUCUUCGAGAGGCCACUGCACGCAAAGUUUCUGCGAGUACAGCCCGUCAAGUGGCACGAUCAUAUCGCGUUGAAGGUCGAAAUUCUGGGCUGUUAUCUAAUGUAUCCUGUGUCAUGGAUAACAACAUCAACAAUUAAAUCGACGACGACGACCUUCGAUCAAGAGUGCAACGUGUGCGACGGAAUUGAUCAAUCGUCGAACCAGGAAGGCUGCAGAUGCGAGGAUCCUCACUGGUGGGAUGGCGAGUCGUGCGUGCCAAAGCGGGAGUGUCCCUGCGUGGUCGGGCACGUUCCUUACGCGAUAGGUAGCAUGUACGAAACGGAGGAUUGCCAGCAGUGCGUGUGCUCCUUCGGCGGAACGGCCGCGUGCUUGCCAAAGAAAUGCGAGCCUUGCUUGGAACCGGGCCUGCGAUCUGUCGUCGGCGAGCUGUGCGCUUGCCUCUGCAAACUUUGCCCAGCGGGCACCAGGCACUGCCCUACGAGCGACGUGUGCGUAAACGAGACCGCAUGGUGCGACGGUGUUCAAGAUUGUCCGGAUGACGAGAUAGAUUGUCCAACGAUCAUUUCCACGACACCUGUCGCGACGGAGUCUCCAAUCAGGCAGGAGGUCACGACUGUUGGUUCCGUUCAAGUUAGUCCUGUGCCAUGCGAGAAACCGAUUUGUCCACCUGGUUACAGAGUAGUUUUCAAACAGACGUCCCGGCUGCACGAUAAACCGCAUCACAAUGUCAAGACAAACGUAAAGACCAAAGGUCACAGAGGUUUCACGAAGACGAAGGGACACAAAAAACAUCCAUUUGACGAACGUCGAAUGAAGAAUCAAGAUUAUCAAGCAGCAACGGAAAACAUUCAAUGCCCCGAGUUCAUCUGCGUGCCCGCCAAGCCUCCUGUCUAUCCGGGCGAGAAACAGCCGGAGAAAUGUCCAGAGGCGUCCUGCCCGCCGCAGUACGAGGUGGUGUACGAGAAGAUGAGCAUGUACAAGUUCCGCAAGUGUCCCAAGUAUGCUUGCCGGCCGUUGUCGCCUCAGGAGGCGAUCUGCAACGUCACCGGCAGGACAUUCAACACGUUCGACAACAUGGAGUACAAGUACGAUAUCUGCAAUCACAUCUUAGCCCGGGACAUGUACGGUAACGAGUGGUACGUCACGCUGGAGAAGCUGUGCACCGAGUCGCGCGGGCAGCGCACCUGCACGCGGGUCUUGGCGGUGAUGCUGAACGAGCGCGCGAUCGUGCUUUAUCCGGAUCUGCACGUGGACAUCGACGAGUACACCUUCACGGCCGAGCAGAUCGCGCGACUCGGAAAUCGAUUGCCCGACUUCAAGCUUUCGCGCACGGGCGAUAAGCUUAUCUUCGUCUCGCAUCGCUACGGCUUCUGGGUGAUCUGGGACUCGGGCGCCAACGCGAAGAUCGGCGUCGCCGCUAAACUGGCGGGUCGCGUGGACGGCCUGUGCGGAUACUUCGACGGCGAUGUCACGAACGAUCGCCAGACACCGGAAGGCAUGCAAGCGAGAAGCACCGUUCAGUUCGGAGAUAGUUGGGCGUUGGAAGACACGGAAUGCGACUUGCACGUGUGCCCACGUGACGUUCAGGAGCAGGCUUGGAGGAUCUGCAAUUCCGUCAAGAGUCCGAUGCUGCUGGACGCGUGUUCCGCAGUUGUCAACGUUGACAGGUUUGUGUCUUGCUGCGUGGAGAGCAUGUGCUCUUGUCUGCAGACUUCUAACAGUUCCUACGAAGACUGCCGAUGCCGUUCGCUGACGAACUUCGUCGGCGAGUGCGAAGCUGCCAUCGGUCCCGGCGCAGAUCUGUUGUCAGAUUGGAGAACCGUCUACGAUUGUCCCGCGAGCUGCCCGUCGCCGUUCCUUCAUCGAGAUUGCUUCCGCAGCAAGUGCGAGAUCACCUGCGACAAUCUCCACGAAGUGGAACCGUGUCCGCCAAUGCGAGGCGUUUGCUUCCCCGGCUGCUUCUGCCCGGACGGACUGGUGCGUCGGAACGACGAGUGCGUGCCGCCAACGCAGUGUCGGGAUUGCGUAUGCGACGGCCUCGGCGACGCCAAAUUCAUCGGCUUCAAUCGCAGGGACUUCAGGUUCGCCGGUAAUUGCACUUACCUGCUUUCGGGGAAUAUCGCAGAGAACGCGAAGGGUCGGGAGGGGCCUCGCGCGUAUCAGAUCUUGAUUACCAACGGAUAUUGCGAUACCGGCACGUGCACGGAGGUUAUUACGCUACUUUACGAAGAGCACGUGGUGCAAAUCAAACGAGCGGAACGCUCGAAGGAUCUACGGGUGGCGAUCGAUAAUUUCCAAGUGGAAAAGUUCCUGUACAAUCAUACGUGGAUUGUCUUGGAUCGAACAUCGCUCGGAGAUGUGAUUCUGCUCAUACCGUCCAUCCAGUUGGAACUCAUCGCCUUUCAACAGAACUUUGCGUUUACUUUAAAACUACCUUCGCAUAUCUUCAGCGACGAUACCGAGGGUUUGUGCGGCAACUGCAACACCGAUGCCGAAAGUGGUUUCGAGAAACGUGACGGGGAGAUCACCGACGACGCCGAGGAGUUCGGCAGAUCCUGGUUGGUCGAGAAUCUGUCGACGCAGUUAGGUCUGAGCGAUCAGGCGUGUUCCAGUAAUCGUCAACCUCAAUGUAUGCCUCCGCCACCGGAAGAAGAUCUCUGCAAGAAGCUUUUAGAUUUAGCGGCGUUCAAGCAGUGUCACAGCAUUGUCGAUCCAAAACCGUACUUAGAUUGUUGUCACGAUGCGUUAUGCACUGGCAGAAACUAUUGCGACAGCUUGGAGAUGUACGCAAGGAAGUGUUCGGAAGCUGGUCUAUGUCCAGAUUGGAGAACCAACGAAAUCUGUUCUUACGAGUGUCCUAAGGAUCUUGUCUACCAAGCAUGCGGAUCCAGUUGUAAAGAAACCUGUGACACUAUAAACGAUGCAGACAAUCCUAAGUGCGCAUCUGAUCUUGUCGAAGGAUGCUUUUGUCCGGGGGAUCAUGUAUUACACAAUGAUUCCUGCAUACCGAAGACGAAUUGUUUCGUCUGUGAUAAAGACGGUCACGUGCAGGGAGAUAUCUGGUAUCCGGAUAAAUGCACCGAAUGCAAUUGCAACGACGGGGUUGUGAAUUGUCAAACGAUGGAAUGUCCUGUAUUGGAUACAAUUUGCGAAGAAAAUAUGACACCUGUACUUAUCAAUGGAACUGAGGCGAGAUGUUGCGCCAAAUAUUUAUGCGCUCCAAAGCCGACAGCACCUACAAUAUGUAUUGAGCCGCAGGAGCCGGAAUGUGGCUUUGGCCAGAUAAUGAAAGCGAUUACCGAUACUGAUGGCUGUCACAAAUUUAUAUGCCAAUGCCUACCUGCAAGCGAGUGCCCCACUUUCGACAAUUUUACAAAUGAGGUUGAACCAUUGCAACCUGGUUUUAUACAGAUAAUGAAUACAUCCGGUUGUUGCCCGCGACCAUCUAAAAUGUGCGAUCCGAAAACUUGUCCCCCUGCAACGGACUGUCCGGAUUACUACAACGCUGUUACAACGAUGCUUGUAGACAAGUGUUGUCCCACUUACGAAUGUGUGCCUCCGAAGGAUGUUUGUCUCUAUACAUAUAACGAAGAGCAAGGCAAACAACGAGUGGUAAUGAAAAAAAUUGGCGAAGAAUGGAAAGAUGGCAAAUGCAAAACGUGCGUGUGCGAGAAUUCGGAUGAUGGCCCUAAAACAAACUGUUUAUUCACGGAAUGUUCAAGUAUGAACGUACAUCCUGAUAUAGACGAUUAUGUACUGGAGGAAAUGCUACUGGCUGAUAAAUGCUGUCCAAUUUUUGAGCGUACUGCCUGCAAAUGGAAGGGUAAAAUAUACGAUAUCGGUGAGAGUUGGAAGCCCAAUACUGAAGAUGCUUGUCUCACGAUGCAAUGUGGCAAGGAUUCGGGCGGUAUUCAGAUAUUAAAUAAAGUUCAAGAAUGUGAUACCACGUGUGACUAUGGAUACAAGUAUCAAGCGCCUAAUGACAGCAGUGUUAAUUGCUGCGGUACGUGUGUCCAAAUUGCGUGCAUUGUAGAAGGCACGCUUAAAAAUGUAGGAGAACAAUGGUACUCGGAUGAUCACUGCAUAACAUAUCUUUGCGAAUCCACAAAUGGAAAUGUAUACCUACAAGCGAAUACUGAAACUUGCCCAGAAAUCGAUCCGCAAGUGAAAUCCGAGUUCGAGAUAGAAGCACGCAAAAUUCCAGGAAGAUGCUGUCCGGAAAUUGUUAAAACAGUUUGUCGUAGUGGCGGAAAAUUGUAUAAACCUGGAGAAACCUGGAAAUCCCUCACAGACAGCUGCGUCAUCGAGACAUGCGUGGACGGUCCGAAUAUAACGAAACGCAAAGAGGUCGAAGUGUGUUCGAAACAGUGUGCUCAAGGAUGGUCGUAUCAGGAGCCAGAAGAUGGCAAAUGUUGCGGGGAAUGUAAGCAAGCGUUUUGCGUGCUUGAGGAUACUCUGUACGCACCUGGCAUGACAUGGUCGUCCGAUGAUAAUUGUACCACUUAUAUGUGCAUGGAAACUAAUGGCCAGCUGUCUCUUUCUGUGAGUCCGGCUGCUUGCCCAGAUAUAACAGAUUGCCCUGAUAAAUCGAUUUAUCAUGAUCAAUGCUGCAAACGAUGCAACAUAAGCAUUAAUAUAAAAGAUCAGAUGAAGGAAGUAUGCGAAGCAAUUUUCGUGGAUGCAAAGAGUACUGUGGGCAUGCUGGUUGUAAAUCACCCGUCACACGGGAUAUGUAAAAAUGUGGAUGCUAUUGAGGGUAUUAAACAGUGCAGUGGAUCGUGCAAAUCUUCAACAUACUUUGACAAUGAAAACUGGAUUCAAGUGAAUGAUUGUCAGUGCUGUCAAGUGAAGGAAUACAUGGGUCUCAUUGUCAAUUUGAUAUGCGAGGACGGCAGAAGAUUGAAGAAACAGUUAGCAAUGCCGCGUUCGUGUUCUUGCCAAAAUUGCGCUUCCUUGGACGUUAAGAGUGAAAAUAAAAAGACAAAAACCAAGGGCUAAUUUCUAAAGGAUGUACGCUUGGCCACACACAUUUAUUCGUAUUGGCCACUCUCAUUCGUACAUUUUUAAAUAAUAAAAUAUUCCUGUAUUGUGUAAUAUUACAAAGAAAUAAAUAUUUUGGUAAUCUUAAUUUUUUUAUUACAAUUACGAAAAUUGCAAGUCUAUUAUUUAAAAAGAGAGAAAAUAGCUUUUUCAAACUUGAUUCAUAAUUUCGUUCUUUAUACAAUCAGCAAGAGAUAUGCCGGCAAAAUGAUAUCUGUAAUUUAAUAUAUCAAACAGAAUUAUAAUCGACUAUUAAACUGCUUUAUCGACGAAGUCGAA